AAUUGUCCAAUCAGGGGCGGAGCAGGGCAGGUGGCAGCUCAACAAACCUGUGGACUUUCCUGGCUUCCUUGGGUCGAGUCUCAACCGGGCAUAAACGGUGUAGGCGCCUCUGCUGCAACGUCAGUCCUGCUGUGACUGGUGCCCGCCGCGGGAGCGGAAGGGACCAUGCAGGGAGAUCCCAGAAACUGGGAAAUGGACUCAGUGAUCCUUGAGGAUGUGGCUGUGAUCUUUACGCUGGAAGAGUGGGCUUUACUGAAUCCUUCACAGAAGAAACUCUACAGAGAUGUGAUGCGGGAAACCUUCAGGAACUUGGCUUCUGUAGGUAAAGUAUGGGAAGAUCAUGACAUUGAAGAUCAGUAUAAAAACCAGAAAAGAAAACGAAGAAGACAUAUGUCAGAGAGAAUCUGUGAAGGGAAAAAUGUUGGUCAGUGUGGAGAUAACACCAACCUUGUUCCAAAUCUCAAUCUGGAGAAGAAAACUCUUCCUGGAAGAAAAUCAUGUGAAUGUAGCAUGUUCCACGAAGUCUUCCUGGAUGGCUCAGCCCGUAACAGGCACACCCAAUGUCACACUGGACACAAGUUUUCUGAGUAUCAGAAACAUGGAGAGAAGCCAUAUAAAUGUGGCAUAUGUGGGAGAGCCUUCAGCUACCUCCAGUGCUUUGAAAAUCAUGAAAGGACUCACAACGGAGAGAAACCCUAUAAAUGUGUGGAAUGUGGGAAAACCUUCAUGUGGCUCAAAACCCUUCAGAGACACACGAUCACACACACUGCAGAUGCUCCUUACAGAUGUAAGGUGUGUGCGAAAACCUUUAGUUCUUCAACUUCUCUUCAGACAUGUGAGAGAGCCCACACUGGAGAGAAGCCUUAUCCAUGUAAGAAAUGCAGUAAAGCCUUCAUGCAUCCCAGUCAACUUCAAAUACAUGAAAAAAGUCACAGUGCAGAGAAACCGUAUGAAUGUAGGAUGUGUGGAAAGGCCUUCAAAUAUUUCAAGUCUUUAGAACCACACAAAAUGACUCACACAACAGAAAAGCCCUAUGAAUGUAAGGAGUGUGGAAGAGCAUUCAGACACCACAGUUCCUUAGAAAUACACAAAAGGUUUCACACCGGAGAGAAAUCCUAUGAAUGUAAACAUUGUGGUAAAGCCUAUAGUUAUCCCAGCUCCCUCAAAGGACACAUGAAAAUGCACACUGGAAACACUCCUUAUGAGUGUCAGCAGUGUGGGAAAGCAUUCACUCUCCUCAGGUCAUACCGAAAUCACGAAAGGUAUCACACUGCAGAGAGGACCUAUCAGUGUAAAAAGUGUAAUAAAGCAUUCAUGUACCCCAGCUGUCUUCAACGACAUGAAAGAACUCACAAUGAAGAGAAACCCUAUGAAUGUAGGAUAUGUGGGAAGGCCUUUAAAUAUUUCAGAUCCUUAGAACCACAUGAAAUGACUCACACAGCAGAAAAGCCCUAUGAAUGUAAGGAAUGUGGAAAAGCCUUCAGAUAUUACAGUUCCUUAGAGAUACACAAAAAGUUUCACACUGGGAAGAAAUCCUAUGAAUGUAAACAUUGUGGUAAAGCCUAUAGUUAUCCCUGCUCCCUCAAAGGACACAUGAAAAUGCACACUGGAAACACUCCUUAUCAGUGUCAGCAGUGUGGGAAAGCAUUCACUUGCCUUAGUUUGUAUCAAAGACACGAAAGAACUCAUACUGGGGAGAAACCUUAUGAAUGUAAACAGUGUGGUAAAACCUAUAAAGAUCACAGUAACUUACAAAUACAUGAAAGGAAUCAUACUGGAGAGAAACCCUAUAAAUGUAAAGAAUGCAGAAAAGCCUUCACUUGUAACAAAAACCUCCAAUUACAUGUGAGAAGACACAAUGGAGACAAACCGCAUAAAUGUGAAGAAUGUGGGAAAGCCUUUGUUGACCGCUCGUCCUUACGAAGGCAUAAGAGGAGUCACUGAAUAAAAUCUAGUGAAUGUAAAUAAUGUGGGAAAGAUUUUGGUUAUUCCUCUCCUUUCCACAGACAUCUGAGGACUCACUGGGUAAAACCUCAUGAAUGUUAAGUGUGUGGGAAAAAUCUCAGCUGGUCCACAUAGAUGUAUGUGAAGACUUCCACUAAAGAAAAUAAAAAUGUAAAUAACCUGAUAGGGCUUGAUGGAAAUUAAUUUAUGUAUAUAUAAUGUUUCAGAAAACUUUCAAGAGUGAAGAGUUUUUAAAAUUGCAGAUAAUUGUGGUUUCCCAGUCACACGUUGAAAUGACCGUUUACCCUUAACGUCGAGUGUUUGAACUGCUGCGUAACAGCGGUCAAACCUGUGUUGUUCAGAGGUCAACUGUGGUUUCUUUCAGAGAUGAGUAUUAUAGUGUGGUAAUUCUGGGACAUGUCUUUCAACAAAAUGACAUACCAUUAAUAACCAGUUAUUUUUCACUGAGUCAUUGCUGACUCUUUGAAGCCCAUUAAUGUGUGAAUUCCAGUGUAUUUCUAAUAUGGAAACAGAUUUUUUGAAAAAGAUUUUAUUUAUCUAUCUUUAGAGAGGGAAGG